AUGAAGAAGCGAGCGCACGACCCAGACUCGGACACCACCUCCUCCGCGCCGACCUUGAAGCGUCAAAAGAUGGACGUCGACCUAAACCCGCUCCCACCGGCCGAGCUGGCGCUCGCAUUGCCGGGCCUCUUGACGCGUCCACCCGCACACCCCCAACACGCCGCCGGCCUCUCGCUCUCGCGCGCGGCGCUGCACAACCUCCUCUCCUCACCCUCCAACCUCUCAACAGACGCACAAACGCGCGCCUGGCUGCAACUAGCCGAACUAUCCAUCCAAUCUCUUCCCCUCCUCCCGGCAGGGUCAGACGAAGAGGAGAACACGACAGCCGAGAUCGACCGCGCACUGUCCAAAGUCCUCGCCCUCGCGCCGAUGAACGAGAAUGGGCGGAACAUGAAGACGCAGGCUGUGUUAUUGCAGGUGCAGAUGGCUGCGGGACGGGGGCAGGCGAAGUUCGCGCUGAAGUUGUUGGCGAGGUUGAUGGGAGGUUUCACGGAGAAGGACCCGCCUGCGCUGGUACAUACGGCGCGGCUGGCGAAGGUUCAGCUGCAUCUGUCCGCCCCACGGCCGGCGCCGGUGGAUGUGGACGCGGACGCGCCACCGCGGACACCUGCGGCGGAUAAAGAUCCGGCGAUGAGCGAGCGGCGCGCGGCGCUGGACGCUAUACGCGAUAUGCGGGCUCUGGCGGACAAGAGCGGCGAGGGUCACGCGCAUGUGGCCCUGCUCUGCUGCGUAUUAAGAGCGGGCAUCGUUGUCACGCGCGGGCUAUGGACAGAAGCCGAGAGCGCGGUCAAAGACGCGGAGGAAGCGCUGGGGCUGACCUACCCGGAGAGUCCAAAGCCCGGCGCGCUAAGGAGGACGAGCACGGGCAACACAGCCGUCAGCGGCUCAUCUGCACCCUCUACCACCACGGCCAACGACAAGGGCAAGUCCAAAGCCAAACCCGAGACGUUCGUGAUGUUCGAGGACGCGUUCGAGGCGACGUGCGCUGCCCAUGUCUUGAUCUAUUCGGUGGUGUAUCACACGCAUAUAGGCGACGCGACCGGCGCGGCGCACAGGUUGAGCCAUCUGCAUGCGCUUUUGGACGAAGGCGCGUUGAGCGCGUUUCCGGACGGCGUCGCCGAGAUACAACUACCCACAGGCCCACCCCUCUGCGUGCGCACCACACCCCCACGCGUCCUCUUCGCCCUCGGCUACCUUGUUUCAGCCUCAGCCAAGCGCGACCCUGUAGGCCGCAAGCCCAAGCGCGCAACUUUCGCACAGGCUGGGCUGGAUAACCUGGAUGAGAAGGAGGGUCCUGCGUUUGAGUUCCCGCUGUGGGCGAGUGCGGGAGAUGUGGAGGAUGCGGGGUACGCUAUGAUCAGGAUCAGGGCAGAUCUGUUGAGCGAAAUGGCUGGGGUCAGCAUACACCGUAACGACUUCGCCAAAGCAGACGAGAUGCUCGACAAGCUCAUAGCUUUAACCCGCACGCACGGUCUCUGGGACCGCUACGCUCCGCGCGUAACGCUCCAUCACGCGCAUCUGGCGCAUGCUCGGUUAGAUCACAAUCGCGCGCUCAUAUGCUACGACACAGCCGCCCACCUCGGCGCCCGCGGCGGCGCGGGCGCAGAGGGCGACUUCAUCAACCUCGCCGCGCGCGCUGGGGCUGUGCUGUUGCGCGUUGGGCUGUUGCCGCCGGACGACGACGCCGUCGAGGAGAAGGUAUCGCGCGAGGUGGAGGAGGAGAGGGAGGUGGAAGAAGCAGUAGAGGUGGAGGUGCCGAAGAAGGGCAAGGGACGGCUGAAGAAACGCAAGGGCGCUGCGCGGAAGGGCAAGGGCAAGGCCAAAGCCUCCCAUUUGGACGACGACGCCACCACUACGACCUCUACAACUACCACAACCUCUACCACCACCACCUCCGCCCCUGCACACACCGCCUCAACAUCCACCUCCACUCUCAACACGCUCCUGCCGGCCCAGUGGACCCGCGCGCAAAUAAUCGACGAAGCCGAGCGCGUGUUUAGAGCGUGCGAGGGGCAGGGCGCGGUGCUCGAGAUGGCGGGCGCGGUGGUGAAGGCCGUCGUCAGCGAGGAGAUUAUCAGGAGCAAAGCCCACCUCCGCCGCGCCCUCGCCCUCGCGACCUCCUCCGGCUCGAACCACACCCGCGCCGCCCUGCUAGCGUUGGGCGCGGCGCACUACGCGCGCACGGACCCGCCGCACGCGCUCGAUGCGCUCCGGGGCGCGGACGUGCUCGCCGCGGGGCUCGGCGCUGUGCCCAAGCCUUCUUCCAACGAUCCUAAUGCCAGUCUCGAUGUAGGAGUUGGUGUUGCGGGUGGAGGGAGUGGAGGAGGCGGGCACGGACUGGGCAACGUCGCGCUGAGGUUAUGGUGCGGCGAGCGCAAGCUCGAGCUGUUCCGCCGCGCGGGGCCGGGCGAGCGUGAGCGGGCGGGGAGGCAGGAGGAGCGGAAUGGGGUGUUUAGGAGGGAGGUUGGGGUAUUGAGGGCGCGGGUGCAGUGA